AUGGCUUUGGCCGGGGCGCUGGCGGGUCUGGCCGCGGGCUUGCAGGGCGCGCGGGCCGCCCCGAGCCCGGACACCGACUCGGACACGGACUCGGAGGAGCCGAGCCUCCGGCGCGGCGCGGGCGGGCUGUUCCGCGCGCAGGUCAUCCACAGCGGCCACUUCAUGGUGUCGUCGCCGCACAGCGACUCGCUGGCCCGGCGGCGCGACCGCGAGGGGCCCGUGGGGCUCGCCGACUUCGGGCCGCGCAGCAUCGACCCCACGCUCACCCGCCUCUUCGAGUGCAUGAGCCUGGCCUACAGUGGCAAGCUGGUCUCUCCUAAGUGGAAGAACUUCAAAGGCCUCAAGCUGCUCUGCCAAGAGAAGAUUCGCCUCAACAAUGCCAUCUGGAGGGCCUGGUAUAUCCAGUACGUGGAGCGGAGGAAGAGCCCCGUGUGUGGCUUCGUGACACCCCUGCAGGGGCCUGAGGCUGACGAGCACCGGAAACCGGAGGCCGUCGUCCUGGAGGGGAAUUACUGGAAGCGGCGCAUCGAGGUGGUGAUGCGCGAGUACCACAAGUGGCGCAUCUACUACAAGAAGCGGCUCCGUAAGUCCAGCAGGGAAGGUGACCUCCUGGCCCCUAAGCAGGCGGAGCGGGGGUGGCAGCCACCGGAGCGAUGGCGAGAACAGCUCUUCUCCAGUGUGGUGCCUGUGUUGCUGGGGGGCCCAGAGGAGGAGCCCGGCGGGCGGCAGCUCCUGGACCUCGACUGCUUCUUGUCCGACAUCUCUGACACUCUCUUCACCAUGACUCAGCCCAGCCCCGCACCCCUGCAGCUACCCCCCGAGGAUGCCUACGUGGGCAAUGCUGACAUGAUCCAGCCAGACCUGGCACCUCUGCAGCCCAGCCUGGAUGAUUUCAUGGAGAUCUCAGAUUUCUUCACCAACUGCCGCCCGCCACAGACGCCCUCAAACUUCCCGGAGCCCCCCAGCUUCAGGCCCAUGACUGACCCCCUCUUCAGUGGGAUCCUGAGCCCGGAGGUGCCCCCCAACCCCCUGUUGGGCAUGGCCCACCUUUCAGGCCACCGCCUGCAGGCUCGGAACAGCUGCCCUGGUCCCUUGGACUCCAGUGCCUACUUGAACUCUGAUUUCCUCCUUCCUGAAGACCCCAAGUCCAAACUCCCACCCCCUCCCACACCCCCACCCCUCCUCCACUACCCUACCUCAGCCAAGGUGCCAGGCCUGGAGCCCUGCCCCUCACCUGCUUUCCCUCCCAUGGCCCCACCCCAUGCUUUGCUACAGGAAGAGCCCCUCUUCUCUCCCAGGUUCCCAUUCCCUGCUGCCCCUCCUGCCACAGGAGCGUCCCCCCUGCCUGCUCCCACAGCCUUCCCACCCAGCCCACAGCCUGGGUCAGGCCCUGCCCCAGCCCCAGCCCCCUUCCCUGUAGACCUUUUGCCCUCAGGGUAUCCGGAGCCCACAUUUGGGCCUCAUUUUGCAGUGCCUCGGGGCAUGCGGCCCAGAGGCAAGCCCCCCACCCCAUGCCCUAGAGGGCGGAAGCCCACCCCCACCACCUUGGACCCUGCCACCGCCAGCCCCACUGCCAGUGCUGGAGGCACCAACCCCUGCCUCACACAACUGCUCACAGCAGCCAAGCCUGAGCAAGCUCUGGAACCGCCCCUUGUGUCCAGUGCUCUCCUCCGGCCUCCAGGGUCGCCGAUGGUCCCUGAACUCCCCUGCACCUUCUUUCCCCUGACCCCGGCCCCCACACCGCCCCGGCCUCCUCCAGGCCCCACGACACUGGCCUCUCCCAGGCCCCUGAUUGUUCCCAAAGUGGAGCGGCUCUCACCCCCAGCGCCCAGCGGUGGUGAGCGGCGGCUCUCUGGGGAGCUCAACUCCAUACUAGGCCCGGGGGCUCUGAACCUCUGCGUCUCACCCCCUCAACCCAUCCUAAGCCGGGGGCGCCCAGACAACAACAAGACCGAGAACCGGCGCAUCACCCACAUCUCUGCAGAGCAGAAGCGACGCUUCAACAUCAAGCUGGGGUUCGACACCCUGCAUGGGCUGGUGAGCACACUCAGUGCCCAGCCCAGCCUCAAGGUGAGUAAAGCAACCACGCUGCAGAAGACGGCCGAGUACAUCGCCAUGUUGCAGCAGGAGCGGGCGGCGAUGCAGGAGGAGGCGCAGCGGCUGCGUGACCAGAUCGAGGAGCUCAACGCCGCCAUUAACCUCUGCCAGCAGCAGUUGCCUGCCACCGGGGUGCCCAUCACACACCAACGCUUUGACCAGAUGCGCAGCAUGUUUGAUGACUAUGUCCGGACCCGAACGCUGCACAACUGGAAGUUCUGGGUGUUCAGCAUCCUCAUCCGGCCUCUGUUCGAGUCCUUCAAUGGGAUGGUGUCCACGGCAAGCCUGCAGAGCCUCCGCCAGACCUCACUGGCCUGGCUGGACCAGUACUGCUCCUUGCCCGCGCUCCGGCCAACUGUCCUGAACUCCCUACGCCAGCUGAGCACGUCUACCUGUAUCCUUACAGACCCAGACCGCAUACCUGAGCAGGCCACACGGGCAGUCACGGAGGGCACCCUUGGCAAACCUUUAUAGUGCUUGCCAAGCCUUUUGCUCACUCAGCUGCCCUGGGGCGGCCAUCCCUGGGCAUGGGCUCCAGGGACAACUUCUGGGCACUCCCCUCCUGCCCAAGCCCUGGCUGUCCUCUCCCUGAGGUUGAGCAGGGCCCACCAUGCAGGCUCAUCCCACAUCUUGGAAGCACUAUGCAGGGGAGGGUUGAGUCUGCUCCCUGUUCCACCACUGACACUGUGACCUUGGGCCAUUCAUACUGCCUCCUAGGCCUCCAUUUUCCAGGCUGCAGAAUGGGGAUGGGGGGGAUUCAACCAGAAGGUGAUCCCCAGGCCUUUCUAGCUGGGACCCUUGGGGCCUAGGCUGGCAGCUCAGGGAGCUUGGAGGGGAGAGGAUGACACUGCUUCUCUGUUACUCCUACCUGCUCCCCCACAGCAGGGGUAUCGGCCUCUGCUCCUGAGCAGAGAAGCAGAAAUCCCAGUGGGGCUGCAGGAUGGCUUCCCCUGGCUGAUCUUGGAAAGACCAGGACAGGGAGUGGCCAGAGCAGGACAGGCUUCUUGUGUGUGUGUGUGGAUGUGUGUGUGGGUUUUGUAAAGAGCUCUUGACCAAUAAAAACAAGAACUGCCAGCCAGUGUGUCGCUGUGAUUAUCGGCGUGUCUCUCUCCAGAAUGAAGAGCAAGCAGCUCGGCAGUGGAGGUGGCCUUGCAGGCCAUGAAAGGGCUUAGCUUUUCCUCUAAGCUGGAAGCCACUGGAGGGUUUUGAGUAGAGGUGCGACAACCUCAGAUGUAGCUUCUUAACGGGAUCCCUCUGCAUGCUGCUUUGAGAGAGGCUGUGGCAGGCGAGGGCAGAAACAGGAGACCAGAGAGGAGGCUGCUGUAGUCAUCCAGGGAGAGGUGAUGGUGCUGGGACCAGGGCGAGAACAGAGACAGGAAGGGGUGGGAUUCUGGACACUUUCUGCAGGUUGAACCAAGAGGAUUUGCAAUUGAAGAGAGACAUUGAAAUGACUCAGGUUUCUGGCCUGAGCAACUGGAAGGAAGGAGCUGCCAUUAACUGCAGUGGAGAUAGCUGUGGGUAGAGGAAAGAGGACAGGCUGCCUCCUCUCAGACAGCUGGGGUUAGGUCUGCACGUGCCGCCUCUGCAGGCUCAGCAAGGCUUCUUUGAUCUGGAAUCGCCAAGGCUGGGAGAGUCAGGAUGGAGCCCCUGAACCCAGCUGCUUGUUCUCAAACAUCCCCACCCCACUGCCUGUCCCUCCUUUUGAGCUGCAAAGCCUAGUAGUCAGGGCUAUCUGCUCAGACAGAACUAGCCAGGGCAGAAAUGGACAGCCAGCUUAUUGCCCCCCUUCCUGGGGACGUAGGCAAAUGGUUAAUGCUCUUGGCUGCUAACUGAAAGGUUGGAGGUUUGAGUCCACCCAGAGGCACCUCAGAAGAAAGGCCGGCUGAUCUACUUCUGAACGGUCAGCCACUGAAGACACUGUGGGGCGCAGAUCUACUCUGGCACACGGGGGUCACCGA